GAUCCAGCAAGGGGAUCCUUGAUGGAAGACCUGGAUUGUCAGCUUGGCGCUCUGCACAACCCUGGUCGUACAGGGAAAAAGACAAAAAUCUACAGGCAGUUCUAACGUGGGUAGAAGGGUAUAUGUCGGAGUCAUGUCAAAUGGGUGACAGUUGGCAGAUUUGAAUAUUUAAUAGAAGAAGUUCAUGCCCUGCACUAAACUAAGCUGGAUCGAGGACAAAAAUAAUUGAAUAACUGAAGCGUAACACUAAACAAAUGCUUUCUUGUCCUCCCAAAGACGCUUGCUGCUUCACCCUUGGACCUGUCUGACUUAAGUAGAGAGACCAUGACUGAAGUCCUUUUCUCAGCUGUUUUGAAUGGGACUGAAGCCAACUUGCUGUCCAGCAGUGGCUGGUCUCCAGGAAAUGCCACUAGCAAAUGUUCCCUCACAAAAACUGGCUUCCAGUUCUAUUACCUGCCCACCGUCUACAUCCUAGUCUUUAUCACCGGGUUCCUGGGCAAUAGUGUGGCAAUCUGGAUGUUUGUCUUCCACAUGAGGCCUUGGAGUGGCAUCUCAGUUUACAUGUUCAACCUGGCAUUAGCUGACUUCUUGUAUGUCCUGACUCUCCCUGCCCUGAUUUUUUAUUACUUUAAUAAAACUGAUUGGAUCUUUGGAGAUAUCAUGUGCAAACUGCAAAGGUUCAUCUUCCAUGUGAACCUCUAUGGCAGUAUUCUUUUUUUGACUUGCAUCAGUGUGCAUAGAUACACAGGAGUGGUGCAUCCUUUGAAAUCACUGGGGCGGCUGAAAAAGAAGAAUGCUGUUUAUAUCAGUACCCUUGUCUGGGUCAUUGUUGUGGCUGUGAUCUCUCCAAUAUUCUUCUUUUCUGGAACUGGGUUAAGGAGAAAUAAAACCAUUACAUGUUAUGACACUACUGCUGAUGAUUACCUGAGAAGUUACUUCAUUUACAGUAUGUGCACCACUGUGUUCAUGUUCUGUAUCCCAUUCAUAUUGAUUCUUGGUUGCUAUGGGCUAAUAGUGAAAGCUUUGAUUUACAAGGAUUUGGACAAUUCUCCUCUUAGGAGAAAAUCAAUUUACCUGGUUAUUAUUGUGUUGACAGUCUUUGCUGUAUCUUAUCUUCCCUUCCAUGUGAUGAAGACCUUGAAUCUAAGAGCCAGGCUAGAUUUUCAGACUCCUCAAAUGUGUGCCUUCAAUGACAAGGUUUAUGCCACAUACCAAGUGACAAGAGGUCUGGCUAGUCUCAACAGCUGUGUAGAUCCUAUUCUCUACUUUUUGGCAGGUGAUACCUUCAGAAGAAGGCUGUCAAGGGCAACUCGAAAAGCAUCUAGAAGAAGUGAACUGAAUGUGCAAUCAAAAAGCGAGGAAAUGACUCUCAAUAUUUUAGCAGAAUAUAAACAGAAUGGAGACACAAGCUUGUGAAAGAAAAAGAUUUGCAAACAGAAGCACAGUCCACCUGGUUUUAACACAGUAGGACACCACACUAUAAUGAGUGUUUGGGAAAAUCCUACCAAGCUUGCUUUUGUAAAAAAAAAAAAAAAAAAAAAAAAA